AGUUUAUCAUUUUCACACGGCACUUUAAUGGUUACCACCAUUACCGACCAAAACAUAAAAACAUAGUUAAAAAAGCGAAGUAACAGAAUAUUAAAGAGAGAAGAAGAGAUAGACUCUCUCUCUCUCUCUCUCUUCAACAUUGUUGUACUUAUUAUAUAGCUGCGGCGUGAAGGGUUCUUCAUUGUUGUCGUUCUCUGUAUUGGUGAGUUGUUUUGCUCUGUUUCUCAGCUAGGUUUGGUGUGUAAAGGUUGGAGCUUUUGGAAGAGUUUAACAUCGUUUUGAUAUCAAGCGAUUUCUGAGAACACCCAGAAUCUUCUUCAGAUGGUGAAAUGCUCUUCUUCGAUGACAUCAUCACUCGUUUAGCUCCUCAGUUCUUACCUACUCAUUUAUCUGAAUUCGUGUUUUUCUCUUCAUUUCAACAAUGGCAAACAAUGGAGUGUCAGCUACAGCGUUGUCUUCUUCUUCAGGAUCGUCGAAUACCCUUUGGAGUGAGAUCCUUGGAUUGCCCAUGUUGGAAUUGGUGGCAAUCUGUGGCAACUUGAUUAUGUUUCUUCUCUUUCUCUUUGUUGUUUCUGCGAGGAAGAUGGUUGUGUUGGAUGGAGGAAGAAUUAGAUUUGGCAAGGAGAAUAGACCCAGUAAUGGCAGCCCAAUUUGUGUUAGUGUUGAUGGGGGAGCACGUGACAUUAGAAUUGGUUCAUGGUUCAAGUUGUCGAUGUUGUCUUGUUUCUAUGUUCUGUUGGUGCAAGUUUUGGUGUUGGGAUUCGAUGGGGUUGUGUUGAUUAAGGGUGGUGUGGACGUGAGUUUGUCUCUUAUUGCUGUGCCUCUUGCUCAGGUUUUAGCUUGGGUUGUGUUGAGCUUCUCGGCCUUGCAUUGUAAAUUCAAGGUGUGUGAAAAGUUUCCAAUUUUGUUGAGAGUUUGGUGGUUUGUGUUGUUUGUUAUUUGCUUGUGUACUUUGUAUGUUGAUGGGAGGGGGGUUUGGAUGGAAGGUUCCAAGCACCUACGUUCUCAUGUUGUGGCAAAUUUUGCUGUGACUCCUGCUCUUGCUUUCUUGUGUAUUGUUGCAAUUAGGGGUGUUACUGGCAUAAAAGUUAGUAGGAACUCAGAGCUUCAACAACCGUUACUUGACGAAGAAGAACCAGGGUGUCUCAAGGUUACUCCUUAUAGUGAUGCCCGGCUUUUUAGUUUGGCUACUCUGUCUUGGUUGAAUGCACUUCUUUCCAUUGGUGCAAAGAGACCGCUUGAGCUUAAGGACAUUCCCCUUGUUGCGCCAAAAGAUCGAGCCAAGACUAAUUAUAAGGCUUUGAAUUCUAAUUGGGAGAGAUUGAAGGCUGAAAACCCGACAAGGCAGCCUUCGUUAGCUUGGGCACUUCUCAAAUCAUUCUGGAAGGAGGCAGCUUGUAAUGCCAUAUUUGCUGGGGUCACUACACUUGUCUCAUAUGUUGGUCCAUUUAUGAUAAGUUACUUUGUCGAUUACUUGGUUGGCAAAGAGAUUUUCCCUAAUGAGGGGUAUGUCCUUGCGGGGAUAUUCUUUGUGGCCAAGCUUGUAGAGACCUUCACCACUAGGCAGUGGUAUUUAGGGGUGGACAUCUUGGGUAUGCAUGUUAGGUCAGCUUUAACAGCGAUGGUGUAUAGAAAAGGGCUUAGGCUAUCAAGCUUGGCCAAGCAAAGUCACACAAGUGGGGAGAUUGUUAACUACAUGGCUGUUGACGUUCAGAGGGUAGGGGACUACUCUUGGUAUCUUCAUGACAUGUGGAUGCUUCCUUUGCAGAUUGUUCUUGCCCUUGCGAUUUUGUAUAAGAAUGUUGGAAUUGCUUCUAUUGCGACAUUGAUUGCUACAAUCAUUUCCAUUGUUGUCACCAUACCUGUGGCCAGAAUCCAAGAAGAUUAUCAAGACAAGUUAAUGGCUGCUAAGGAUGAAAGGAUGAGAAAAACAUCCGAGUGCCUGAGAAAUAUGAGGAUUCUCAAGCUGCAAGCUUGGGAGGACAGAUAUAGAAUAAGGUUGGAGGAAAUGCGUGGAGUAGAGUUCAAGUGGCUUCGGAAAGCACUCUAUUCUCAGGCUUUCAUAACUUUCAUAUUUUGGAGCUCUCCCAUAUUUGUUUCAGCAGUCACCUUUGCUACCUCCAUAUUGUUGGGUGGCCAUCUGACUGCAGGUGGUGUACUUUCUGCAUUAGCUACUUUCAGGAUCCUACAAGAACCUUUGAGGAAUUUUCCAGACUUGGUGUCAACUAUGGCUCAGACAAAGGUUUCUCUUGAUCGAUUAUCUGCCUUCCUGCUGGAGGAAGAAUUGCAGGAGGAUGCAACUAUUGUCUUGCCACAAGGCAUUACUAACAUUGCUAUAGAAAUUAAGCAUGGUUUCUUCUGUUGGGACCCUUCGUCGUCUGCUAGGCCUACCCUAUCAGAGAUAAAUAUGAAAGUUGAAAGAGGGAUGCGUGUGGCUGUUUGUGGUAUGGUUGGUUCAGGGAAAUCAAGUUUUCUUUCUUGCAUCCUUGGAGAGAUUCCUAAACUUUCUGGUGAAGUCAGAGUGUGUGGCUCUGCUGGAUAUGUCUCCCAGUCAGCAUGGAUACAAUCAGGAAAUAUAGAAGAAAAUAUCCUCUUUGGAAGCCCAAUGGACAAAGCAAAGUAUAAGAAUGUUCUUCAUGCGUGUUCACUGAAAAAGGACCUAGAACUUUUCUCACAUGGCGAUCAGACAAUUAUUGGGGACAGAGGCAUAAACCUGAGUGGUGGCCAGAAGCAGCGGGUUCAGCUUGCACGAGCACUCUACCAGGAUGCAGAUAUUUAUCUCCUUGAUGAUCCCUUCAGCGCAGUUGAUGCUCACACUGGAUCAGAAUUAUUUAGGGAGUAUAUAUUGACAGCACUAGUAGAUAAAACAGUCAUUUUUGUGACCCAUCAAGUUGAAUUCCUUCCUGCUGCUGAUUUGAUACUGGUUCUGAAGGAAGGCUGCAUCAUACAGGCAGGAAAGUACGAUGAUCUUUUACAAGCAGGAACAGAUUUUAAAACUCUGGUUUCAGCUCAUCAUGAAGCCAUCGAAGCUAUGGAUAUCCCUACUCAUUCCUCUGAAGAUUCAGAUGAAAACAUAUCCUUGGAUGCAUCUGUUAUGAUCAGUAAGAAAUCCAUUUGUUCUGCAAAUGAUAUUGAUAAUUUGGCAAAGGAAGUGCAGGAAGGAUCAUCAACUUCAGAUCAAAAAGCAUAUACGGAGAAGAAGAAAGCAAAACGGUCAAGAAAAAAACAGCUUGUUCAGGAAGAGGAGAGGGUCAGAGGUAGAGUCAGCAUGAAGGUGUAUUGGUCAUACAUGGCAGCUGCUUAUAAAGGCUUAUUGAUUCCACUCAUAAUCAUUGCACAAGGAUUAUUUCAGUUCCUUCAGAUUGCUAGUAAUUGGUGGAUGGCUUGGGCUAACCCUCAAACAGAAGGAGACCAGCCCAAAGUAACUCCCACGGUUCUUCUUCUUGUUUACAUGGCUCUUGCUUUUGGCAGUUCAUGGUUUAUAUUUAUAAGGGCUGUUCUGGUGGCUACAUUUGGUCUUGCAGCUGCACAGAAGCUAUUUUUGAAGAUGCUUAGAAGUGUGUUCCAUGCACCAAUGUCUUUCUUUGAUUCUACACCAGCUGGAAGGAUCUUGAAUCGAGUAUCAGUUGAUCAAAGUGUAGUGGAUCUAGACAUUCCUUUUAGGCUGGGUGGGUUUGCUUCAACAACAAUACAGCUUAUUGGUAUUGUUGGUGUAAUGACAGAAGUUACAUGGCAAAUUUUGCUCUUAGUUGUUCCAAUGGCCAUCGCUUGUUUGUGGAUGCAGAAAUACUACAUGGCUUCCUCAAGGGAACUGGUCCGAAUUGUAAGCAUCCAGAAAUCUCCAAUUAUACAUCUUUUUGGUGAAUCGAUUGCUGGAGCAUCCACCAUAAGAGGUUUUGGACAAGAAAAAAGGUUCAUGAAGCGGAACCUAUAUCUUCUUGAUUGCUUUGCACGUCCAUUCUUCUGCAGUCUUGCUGCUAUUGAGUGGCUCUGCCUGCGGAUGGAGUUACUUUCAACCUUUGUAUUUGCUUUCUGCAUGGUAUUGCUUGUGAGCUUUCCCCGUGGGAGUAUUGACCCAAGCAUGGCUGGACUUGCUGUGACAUAUGGCCUGAAUUUAAAUGCACGCUUAUCAAGGUGGAUACUCAGCUUUUGCAAACUUGAAAAUAAAAUUAUAUCUAUUGAAAGAAUUUACCAGUACAGCCAAAUUCCUAGCGAAGCACCAACAAUAAUUGAAAAUUCUCACCCUCCAUCCUCAUGGCCAGAAAACGGGGAAAUUGAAAUAAUUGAUUUGAAGGUCCGUUACAAGGAGAAUCUUCCUUUGGUGCUUCAUGGAGUAUCCUGUAAAUUUCCUGGUGGAAAGAAGAUUGGAAUAGUUGGACGUACUGGAAGUGGAAAAUCUACCUUAAUUCAAGCGUUGUUUCGAUUGAUUGAACCAGCAAAUGGAAGUAUCCUUAUAGACAACAUUAAUAUUUCAGAUAUUGGCCUUCAUGACCUUCGAAGCCAUCUCAGUAUCAUACCACAAGAUCCAACCUUAUUUGAAGGGACCAUUCGAGGCAACCUUGAUCCUCUUGAGGAACACUCAGAUAAAGAUAUUUGGGAGGCACUUGAUAAGUCUCAGCUUGGAGAUAUUAUCCGUGAGAAAGGACAAAAGCUUGAUACACCAGUUCUAGAAAAUGGAGAUAACUGGAGUGUAGGACAGCGGCAACUCGUUUCUCUUGGCCGUGCUCUACUGAAGCAGUCAAAAAUACUUGUACUUGAUGAAGCUACGGCAUCGGUUGAUACUGCCACUGAUAAUCUUAUCCAGAAGAUUAUCCGAAAGGAGUUCAAAGACUGCACUGUGUGCACCAUUGCACAUCGUAUUCCUACUGUCAUCGACAGUGAUCUAGUUCUGGUGCUCAGUGACGGGCGAGUUGCAGAGUUUGACACCCCUUCAAGACUAUUAGAGGAAAAGUCAUCGAUGUUUCUAAAACUGGUGACGGAGUAUUCAUCACGUUCGAGUGGUAUACCGGAAAUUUAGAUCAGAGGGAAUAUCUGUGGACUUCCACAGUGGUGGCUAUAGCUUAAGACAGUUGAAGAGUUGAAACAGAAAGUGAUGCCACCUUUGCAUGCCACUGCUGCAUUCGGGGCAUGCAUAGACAGAAGAAGAAAACAAAAUAAAAGGGAGAGGUGGGUGCCUCCUCAUCAACCAAGCAUCCCAGUGGGAGAAAAUUAGUUGGUUCUACCCCUUAAAAAAAAUUGAGGAAUUCAUGCAUGGUUAGCAUGCUUUUGUAACACAAAAUAAGAUGAUCUGUGAUUACAGGAUAGUUCCCAAUUGAGUUCAAUAAUGUGGUAGAAAGUAGUUUGUACUAUGUAGAAUGAGGCACUAGGCUUUUGCUUAGAAAAGUGUAGAGUUAAAACUAGUCUUGUGUAUUCCACAAUUUUCUUGUAGUCAAGGUUUUAGAAUUAAGCCAUUGAAAGCUCAGAUUCCUCCAUCACCCAAAUAUAAUUUGUAUUGGUUCUUUUCUUCUAAAAAGCUUUUUUUUUUUUUUCUUUAUUGUUAUUAGUAGUUAAGAAUCCUUUGCAGUAUAAUGCAACGAAUAGUAUUUCUUUACUAGACUGCCAUGAAAAUCAGAUCAUGAUUUCACUAUACAAUGUGGAUGUGUGAAUUUUUAGAACAUCAAGGUUCCAGUUCUGGACCAAUUUUCAUUAUGGUUCAAUGGUGACCGAACUAAACAUGAUUAAAUUUAUACACUUUUAUACUAUAUUACAUCAAGCCGCAAUUUUUGGC